CAAGUUCUCGUAGAUCUCGAUGAGAGGGAGAAGGGGGAGCGAGCGAGAGGCGGACUGCAUCUUCUCACUCUCACUUAGAGGGAAACCCGCUUGUCAAGAAUUACGAGAAAGUACACCGUAAGCGCAAAGGCAAGGCGCAUACGAGCGGGAGCUGUUAAAUAACGGGAAUUUGCACGGGAUCUGCAGGCUCACUGAACUUGGGAAGGGAAGAAAAAAAAAAAAAACACCGAGGAGCGAUCACACCAAAUCUUUCAACACGGCUCGAUCGUCAGCUACUGCUCGAUUACCAUGAAACUGCCUUGUUUGAUAGCUGUCGGCUCCCUCAUGCUGAUCCUCGGCGAAGCUGCAAUGACUUACCGUUGGCCACGAGGCUCUGAUAAUGGAAAUCCGGAAGAUCAAGAAGGUUCUGCUGAUGUCUCUGAUGAUGAAGACUAUGGGUUCUCUGGCUCAGGCUCUGGUUACCCAGUGCAGGAUAUUGAGAUAAGAAGCAAGGCACAAUUCAGCACAGAGCCUCCUCCUUCUGUUUCUACAACUCAGGCCAUGUCAUCUGCUCCUUCAGUAGCACCAGCAGCAGUCCCAACGCAGCCUGCAAUAUCCACAGAUGACUGGGAAGAUGAAAAGGAAGAGGCCAGCACUGUCCGUCUUACCCCACCUCCUAUCACUGAACCCGUUCACCGGAAGCCAACACCUGCUAGAGCCAUUCCCAUGGCAACAACUACCUCUCUAACUACAACUGUCCAUCAUGCCCUGCCUACAGUAGUAAUGGCUACAGAAAUGAUUACCACAGAAGACGUUACAGAGGAGGAUACAACAACAGAGCAAACAACAGUAUUGCCAACUACUGAGUCCACAACGGCCACUACAACUACAGCCUCUGUUCCACGCAGACGCACCACAACUACAGCUAUUACUUUACCAACUACAGCCAUCACUGCCACCGCCAGACCCAGAGCUGUCUUCACUAGCCGAACAACCCCUGAAAGCAGUGCCACCACACAGAGCAAAAACAUCUACAUAGAACACACCACCAGCCAGCCUAUGCCAUUAGCACCUGAGCAAACGGAGACUUUGGAAACCAUAGUAGAUACAACAGUCAGUACGGAGAUGGGCGGUGUCGGACCCAGUGGAGACUUUGAGAUUCGAGAAGAGGAGGAGUUGAAGAACAAUGAGAUCCUAAUUCCAGCCACCAAGCCAACAGUUAGAAAGAUAGAACCUGACUUAAAUGGAAACACAAUUGACUCGGGAAGUUCUGCUGCCCAACUACCACAGAAAAACAUACUAGAAAGGAAGGAAGUCCUAAUAGCUAUAGUUGUGGGAGGAAUGUUGGGCAUCAUCUUCGCAGAUUUCCUGUUGAUUGCUGUAAUUGUGGGAGGAGUGGUUGGUGCUCUUUUUGCAGCUUUCCUGGUAAUGCUCCUUAUUUAUCGUAUGAAGAAGAAGGAUGAGGGAAGCUAUACCCUAGAAGAGCCCAAGCAGGCAACGGUCACUUACCAAAAGCCAGACAAGCAGGAGGAGUUCUAUGCAUAAUGGAAGCCCAUGUGACCAGAGUGCCUACCCGCUCAAUGGACUGUGAAUACGAGAGAUCUUUCUUUUAAAUUAAAACAAUGAACAAAUGAAAAAAACUAACUCUAAAACAAAACAAAAAAGGAAACUCAAAACCUUUUCCAGCACAAUUUCAAUCAUCUUCCCAGCACUGAGACGACUUAAAAGAGGGAGGCUUUUUUAUUUUGCUUUUCUGGCUGUGUGUUAAAAGCUUGCCAGCUCAUCAUUCUUCUGUAACUUGCAUAGAAAAGAAGAGGAGAAUCAUAGUCAUGUUGGAGACUGCGAUAGAGCUCAAUUAUUUUGCAGAUACUGACUGGUAUAUUAACAUUUUACUUGGUAUAGCAAAUCUUUCACAUGUGGUGAGGCAGUCCUCCAAAAAAAAAAAAAAGAUACUGUAAAAUUUGAGGCAGCAUGCACAUUCAUGCUAAGGAUACAAAAUUUAGAAAUAAUCACAGAGCACUUUGAAACCUUUCUAGAUGUAAAAAUCAGUAUGUCACAAUAGAUGGAAUAUGUCACUACUUAUCCACAUACAAACAUUUAGUAUCUACUCUAGCCAAGUUCUGUAUUGUCAUUUUUGACACAUGAUAAUACCCACUUGUUUUAAGCUUUGACCCCUCAGUUUUACUACCAGUGCCAUAGAACAGUCAAUCCUACCUAGCCUGUCUUGUUUUUUGUUUGGAAUAACUUGUAAAGUCAUGAAGACUUUAUAGCUGACAUUUUUCUUCGAUUUUAACUUUUUUCUAAUGCUGUUUAUUAUAACUGCAAUAGGCUGACCUCCCAUGCACAGUUGGUUCCUGUCUUGAAUCUGAAGCCACUGAAAUAAUAUAUGGCCAUUCUUUAGUCAAAAAAAAAAACAGUUCAAGAAACAAAUGAAUGAAUAAUACGAUAUAGUAAGUUCAAUGGCACAGCAGUUGCUGGAUACUCUGCUUUCCUCCUACAGCCCCAAGAUAUAAAGGAUAGGUGAAUUGGCACCUCUAGAUUGGUCAGACAUGAGGGAGUAUAGGUGUGUACAGCAAAGAAAGUGUGUCACAUCCAGGUUUUUUCUUUCUUUCUUAAAGGUGCUUGAAUUGUGUCUAACUUCUGAAGACCAUGUGAUAGAAAAAUCAGGUUCAGAAAAUAGAUGGAUGGAUGGAUACAAUAUUUAAUACAGGGUGGUACAGUUUGCAAAACUGCCCAGUCACUGGGUGUGGAGUUUGCAUGUUCUGUGUGUUUCUGUCAGCAUCACAAUUACAUGCAUGCCAGGUUAACUGGUAUUUUUAAUUAACUUAAUAUCUGUGAGUAUGGGUGUGAGAGUUACUGUGCCUUUUAAUGGACUGUUUGUUGUCCAAGCCGGGGCCAGUUCCUUUCUGCACCAAGUAGUGCCGGGUUUGCCUUUGUCUCCCAGCAACCAUAUGAAAGGAAGAAAUUGGUCACAUAUCCAUAGUGGUUCCGUAUAUCUGGUUUCAGUUAUUAGGUUUUCUACUGUCUCUGUUGAGUUUCCAUUUUUACCUGUCUCCCUUCUAGGUAUCCUCCCAAAGUAAGGGUGUGUAUGUGUGUGCUUCAAGAUGGACCAGCCUCUCCUUACGGGUUUAAGCCAGGGUAUUUUCUAACUCCCUCUUAGGUUAUUCAUUAUACAUACUGCCUGCAUAUGAUGUUUUUUGAAAUGAAUGAAAGCAAACCAACACUUUGUUUGUGCUUUACUGACCCCUGCCUUUUUUAGUAGUCUCUCAGGUACAGAGUACUUAAACUAUAAAUUAGUGUGCAUUUAUACUCAGAGCAACAUCAUAGCUUAGCAUAACUGAUAUCAGAAAACAUAAGAUAUUUGCUCUGGAUAGAAAUAAAAAACAACAACAAAUCUCUUUUCAUCAGAAAAAGUAUCUCUAUGAGAACCAUAAGUGGACAAAAUGAAAAGAGACGUUAACUGAAAACUCACCUGAGUAGCCUGCAACAUAUACAAAUAACUAAAAUAGAUUUUUUUUAAACCAGAAAUUUACAUUUUGGAACACAACUUUAAAUUUGAUUAUGUAGUCAGUCAUGUAUGUAGCCUCAGGUUUAAUCAAUUUAUUUAUACAUAUAAAAAAAUCAAGAAUAAUGAAACAAAGGUGUCUACCAUUCACAAUGAUACCCAUGCUUAUAUAUUUUACUUUAGUGCACAAUGAAUGUAGACAUGGAGCUCUAAGUACAGACGCGUAAGUCUCCAAUUUAUUUAGGUGAAUGUUACUCACUCUCUCUCUCUGUGUAAAUGUUCGCUGUGAUGGGUUUGAUUCUAACUGGCUGGGAAAUGUUGAGAGAUCUGUUAUAGAACAAAAAGAGCUGUGUUGUUCCAAUGUCUUGUAAUGUGUAGAUGGGGUGGGGGUGGGGUAGUAGGGUUGGGAUAAUGGGUUUAAAAUUUUGUGCAGCAUUUACACUUUUAAAUUAUAUAUUAAAAAAUGCAAAGAGGGCCAAAUGUGUAUGCUGCUACUGUAUCUCUCCCAUAUUUACUAAUACUGUAUACAUUCUUGAAGGGAAACACACAAACUUUUUAAAGUAUUUAUUGAUUGGGAAGCAAAACAUUUUAUUUCAUAUGCAGUAGGGCCCGCAUGUGACAUUGCAGUUAACUUUUAGGAGGUGCUGCAUAAUCCUAAAAUUCUUUAAAAGCAGGGCUACCUCUUAAACCAACAAUAAAUACACAUGAUAGAAUGAAUUCUAAAUGAAUAAUUCAUAUUACAGUCAGUUUCUUUUGUAAGUCUCUUUCCUCCUAGAUUCAAACCUAUAACCCAGCCAAAUUAACCUGUAGAAUUAUGCUACCCAGCUCAGUUCUGUUGCACGGUGUUUACAGUAUACUGUAUAUUACAGAGCUAGCUAACCUGGGAUACAUUUGGUACAUUUUAAAUGAAAAAUCAAUCUUAAAGUAAUAUAAGAGUAAGACUUUAAAAAAAUGCAUUAAGAAAGAUGUGCCUUCUUCCCCACAUGGGUGGUAAACAGGGCAAACCAUGUAACCUUAAAACUACUCAAAAAAUGUUUUACGUGCGGGCCUACUGUAUUUGAAACAUUGUUACAAGCAUUUACAGAUAAGUUUUUCUCCUCUUUUCUUUUGUAAUAUUUCUAGGGUUAAAUUUUAAAUAUUAAAAUUAUUCUUAAUGAUAGACAUUUAACAUUCAUGCAAUUUAAAAUACAGAUAUCCACUUCCUAUACAUAACUAAUUCUGUUCUCCCUUUGUGCAUUCUGUUUUUAUUUUGACAAUUCCAUUAUGAAUUGAUGUUUCAGAAUAAUAUUGUCUCCCAUCUUGUUUUAUGUUUAAGUUAUAAGAGGAAAAAAGUACUAUUUUUAUGGCAAAUAUCCCAUACAGCUCUUUGAGGCCCAUGAAUGUAUGCUAUUUUUUCCCAUCAAAGUUCUUCUAAAAAAUAAAAGACAUUAUUGCUGCAGAAUACCAAAGGAUCUCCCACAUUGCCUUUGGAGUACAAUAUUUCAGCGGUUUGAAAAAUAUGGAAAUUGCAUGUUGAACAACUAUCACUUUUUUACUCCCAUGUUAUUUUUUUUUCAUUUCGUUCCCACUUGCUGUACAUAUUCAUAUUUCCCAUAAAAUAGGAAUAAUAAAAAAAAAACAACUCCUGAGGCAAAAAAUGAACACUUCUGCUUCUGUACAGUAUAUUCAUGUCAGAACUUAUUCAUAUAGGGAGAACAUUCAAAUAUGUGCUUUUCUUAUUAAACUGAAUAAUGCAGGUGAUUAUGUGAAUGUUAAUCAGUAAUGUUUCAGCUACAAAAUUAGUACUCUUUGUCAAAUAUUGUAUGACCCUCUACAGGAUAAACAGUUGCAGAAAAUGGUUAGGAGGACAAAUGAGUGGAAUACUCUUCAGUUACAGUAGUAGCAGCUGCUUCUUCUUUCCAAUGCCUAUCACAGGAGAGAAAAAAAAAAGAUAAAAAAUAGAGAAGGAUCAGUUGGUAAGCUUGAGUCUGACUUUAGGAGAACCACUUUAUUUUUUGUCAAAAGAUAAUUAAUCUUUAAAACUCACCUUUUACUUUUGUCAUCUGCUUUUCCAGUAGGCUGUUACAGAUACACUAACCCAGCGUGAUUGAGCACAUACCACACAGUAAAAAUAGAUGGGACUCGAGUCCAUCGCAAGUUGUACUAACACUCAAGCAGCCACUGUAGAGUAUGAAACCUGGGCAGCAAAGCCAGAGUGCCAGGAGAGAGGUCCUGCAAACACAAACAACAUGCCAGCAUCAUAGUGGCCAUCUAAGGAUCAAACCCAGGUCCUCAGAUCUUUGAGGCAGCAUUGAUUAAAAACCCUUCGCCUACCUAAAUUCAGUUCUAGAACGUCUGUCGAAAACAAGAGUAUCUUUAUAAUUUACAAUAACUUUCUUAAAUAUCUGGAAAACUACAACUCUAAUAGACAGGUUUAAUUAUAGGCUCAAAAAAAUUAUGAGGUAUGGUUAUACCUUGAAAAGAUGUAUUUAAUUGCCUCAGGUAUAUUGUGAGAAUUAGCUAAGAUGCAGGUUAUACCACAGUUCAAUACCAUAAAUUAUUUUUCUUUGCAUAAAAACAAUGGUGAGCUGCACACUGGCAAUUAAUUACAUAAACACAUGAUAAAUGCAGAUAUAAUGUUUUAACAGUUGCACUCUAAGCUUAAUUUGUUUUAAACAUCACCUAAUUGUUUUUGGACUGAAUUUAGCAUGUUUUUUUUGUUCUGUUUAUCCAACUUUAGCUUCUGCUAGUGGCCUAGAGAAGAACAAUGGAAAGGACCUCAGUGGCUCAGCUUCCUUCAUUUUUAGUACUUGCCUUACAUAAAAAUAACAUUGAUAUUUAAAUAGAUAUUAAAUAACCAUGUUUCAUGAAGCAAUGCAACAUACAGAAAAAGGGUAGAAAAUGUGUUCAGCAGCAAGGACAGCCUUUAAAAUACCUAAAAGUGCAAGCGUUUAAUAGCCCAGCAUCCAAGGAUAUUGAAAACAAAUGGCUUGGCACAAAUUGUUUGAUAAACCAUGAUGAAUAGUCUGUUAGCUAUCAAAGUUUCAAGACAGGUUAACAUAAGAGCUAAACAUCAUCUCAAAAUAUGUAAAAUAUGAAUGAAAAAAAUAUACUGUAUUAUGUUAUUAUAGAUAAAGAAUAAAUAAAAAAUAUUCUAGAUGUAAAAAUAUACCUAAACCAGGCAAAAAAAGGCUUAAAUUUAAUGUUCCUAAUUUCUAAACGAGUGAAAGGUAAUUUAUAGACUUCUAAAACAAUCACUUGACUCAUGAAUAUAAUACCAGAGACAAUUCUAAAUUUCAGAUUGAGGCCUCCUAGAGCUGUCAUAUCAGGGAAGGUUGAAUUGUGGGUGUUUUCAUGUUCUCCUCCCAUACAGGUUUCCUCAUGCAUCCAGGAACAGAUUGGUUACUGAAAUUGACCCAGUAUUAAAAAAGAGUGAUGGUGCUCUGUGAUGGGCCAACUGCACCUGCUGCGGCCACAACAGGUUUUGGCUAAGGCUUCCUAGAAUUCACUCCUGGAAAAUAAGUUAUCGGAUGGACAUCGGAUAUCAUCAGUCAAGAUCCAACAGCAAAUCUUUCUUCAGUAGUUUUUGCAGGUGCUUUAAUCUAAAGUUGUGGGAUUCAAUUCCCAACAAAUGACAGACAUAUUUAUAAAUAUAGCCUGUAAUUAUGGCUUUAAAUGCUUAUUAUUCUACGCAGUUUUUAUAUUUUUAAAAUAAUCUCCCUGCCCUUUUUACAAUAAUACUUAAGGCCAUUCAUUUUUCUUAAUUUGUUCUGAUAAACAUUUUGUUGUUCUGUUAUUUACGACAGGGAAUACAGACUAAUUGGGAAUCUUGUUCUGAAUUUUCUAUCUUUUAAACAAGAAUUACUUAUGUAUAGGAAAACACAGGAAGUACUGAAUGAAAGACAGUAGCAUAUAAACGUUUUAAGCAUUUCUCAUUUUCUUUAGUACAGUUUUUUCCACUUCCCUGGUAUCGUCUCAUUAGUUAAUGAUUUUUUUGUUUAACAGGUGGAAAUUUUAGAAGUACAGUCUUAAGUUAUUGCAGGAUUUUUGUUGUAACUUAUUAAGAUUCAGGUAUCCUGGUGGCACAGUGACUAGUACUGUGUUUUUUUUAAUACUAGGUACCUGGGCUAUACUUCAGGCCCACUCACAAUGUUUACACAAUCUCCUCGUGUUUAUAUGGGUUUCUCGGGUUUCCUGCCCAAUAGGUUUCACCUCCCUACAGUUACUGUUUAGAAAAUGAAAAGUAGAUAGAUGGAUAAAGAACUGCUGGGUUUUGUUUAAAAGCACAAUAAAUACACUGUUUUAAAGUAAGUGGGGUGUGAAAUGAUAUGAAAACACAAACUGCACUAAUAAAUAAAGAUGCUCAUUUGCAAACCUGGAAGGUAGGUCACAUCGAGGCUCAACUUAAGUUACAGUAAAUAUAGCCAAAUAUGUUUUAUUUUCACCAUCUAUUACGAAGUCAUGUUUUUCCGGUAUUAUCUGCCAAUUCAAAAACAGAAAAGUUUGGCAGAGUCAGAUUUUUAAGAAUACUUGCAGCAAAUUAAUAAAUAGCAACUAGAAUAAUUUCUUACAAGAAAUAUGUAUGUUGUCACCUUUAAGUGUUUAUUUCACUUUUACAACUUUUUAAUGCUUUUACACCCACAACUACAUUUAAGAAAGCAUGGUGUAAUAAAUGCACAUUGCCAACUGAAUGUUUUUUAGCCUUUCUCUGUGACACAUUUCUCACCAUCAUAUA